AUGAUUAAGAAUAAACUCAAACUGGUCAUAGCGAUAUGUGGGAUUUAUGCUACAUUUUUGUCAUGGGGUUUGGUGCAAGAACCAUUGAACACCAGAGUUUGGCCCAAUUCUGGAUCUAAGUUCACUGGACCAUGUUUCAUUGCAAUAUGCCAAGGUUUGAUGGCCACGCUUGUUGGAUUUAUAUAUCUAUCCUCUAAGAAGACGGAUUAUGGUGGUUUGGAGUUUAUGGAAAUAAAAUUCAAGGAUAUUGCUGUUAUUUCGUUAUACCAAACUCUUUCCGCACCAGUUGCAAGUUAUUCUCUUUACUAUGUAGACUACUUGGCAUAUAUACUAGCCAAAAGUUGCAAGUUAAUUCCAAUAAUGCUAGUUCAUCUUUUGGUCUAUCGCAGUAAAAUCCCCAAAGAGAAGUUAGUAGUGGGCGUGUUGGUCAGUUUGGGUGUUACACUAUUUACAUUUGGAACAGAUGGAAACGGCGGCUACAAACCUGCAACGGGUUCGUCUUUGUAUGGGUUUUUAAUUCUCUGCCUGAGCUUGUUCCUCGAUGGUUUGACGAACGCUAGUCAGGAUGCUAUGUUGAAAGGACCCAGUCAAAAGAAGAUUACUGGUGCCCAUUUGAUGUUUGCCCUCAACUUACUGAUUGUCGUAUGGAAUAUCGGUUACCUGCUAGUUUGCGAUCCCAAUCAAUGGCAUUCGUCGAUCAAACAACUGACCUUGGAUCCUCAGAUAUGGAGUUACUUACUGACUUACUCGAUAUGUGGUGCCAUUGGACAAUGCUUCAUUUUCUUCACCUUAGAGAAUUACAGCUCGAUUGUCCUAACAACGGUUACAGUCACUCGCAAGAUGGUUUCAAUGCUGUUGAGCAUUUUCAUAUACGGCCAUAGGGUCACUUUGCCACAAUGGAUGGGUAUUAUAAUUGUCUUUGGUGGAAUUACUUGGGAGGCAUUCUUAAAGUCUGGCAAAGAUGUCAAGCGCUCAAAUACAAAAGAGAAGCAAACCUAG